AUGGUUAAACUCCCCGACCUCGUUAAUUGGGGAACGACAUUCAUGGCUGACAGGUAAAUAUUUUCCCACUCUUACCUGUCUACUUUAAAGCCUCAAUUUUGAAAAUCUGACAGCCACCUGGGACUUGGCCAGGUCUCUGAAUGUCGAAUUGUUGACGGAGAAGUGCAUCAGUAUGAUGAAAGCGCACUUUGAGGAUGUCGUUCCAACCGACCUCUUUGUUGGCUUGCCAGCAGAAACGCUUCUCACAUUACUUAGAAGUGAAGAUCUGUCAGUGGGUUCUGAGGAGCAAGUUAUUGAAGCCAUCGCACGAUGGGUUGGUUCUGGUGGUCAGGAAAAUGAUGAAAAGUUGAAUGUCCACGCUCCUACAAUGCUGAGGGAGGUCCAGUGGCACUUGACGACCGUCCAGUGCCGCAGCCGACUAAUGGAAAGCCAUGUAAUUUUCAAGAAAAGUAACGAAUGCGCGUAAGUAUAUGCCAUUUGCGCAAGGUAAUUUAAUAUGAAAGUUGGCUAAUGUUUCAGAUUGCGAACUGGAUUGGCGCAUCAGAUACCGACAAGAUACCCUGCCCCUUUAAUUUAAGACCACGCCAGUCAAUCUUCUUAUUUGGAGAAGACGCAAGUGAACAGAACAAGUGGUCCGUGCUGCGUUUUGAUCCGCAACUCCAAAAGGCAGAACGAGUUGCUAACAUGAAUGAACGCCAGUGGGCCUCCUAUAGUGCCGUGGGCGGUAAGUUGUUUGACAGUUUCACACCCUACUAGCGCACAUUUUAACUGAAUUUUGACGACUGAUUUCAGCAUAGCGCUCAGCAAAUUUGCCAUUUCAUAGGAACAUUGAGUUCCACGUGCGGUUCGUUAUAGAAGCUCCACUUGCUGUUUUGAAAAAAGAAGGCGAAUGUAGAUGUAAAUUUGGCCAUUUUUAAAAGUAAACGUACCGUCGCUAGAGACGCCUGCCUAUUUUUUUUAAGAAAACGGAUAUGAAAGUUUUUUUGCAAAAUAUUCUGCCCUAACUGGGCUAUUUUAUAAAUUUCUUUUUUCGCUUCCCCGGAAGAGAGCAUUUUCAUGAUUGGAGGGGAUAAUGGCCCAAGACGUGUUGAUGAGUUUCUGGUGAGAGAUGGGCGCUGGCGCGAGCGGGCAUCCCUCGUUGAUGGACGCCAGUGGCACGCAGCCGCCGCUGUCGUCAACAAAAACGGAGAGGAGGUGAUGAUCGGCGUUUUUGGUGGAUCUUUCAAUGAUGGAAACGGUUGGACGUUCCUUUCCUCUUGCGAAGUCUAUGAUGUCAGACAGGACAGGUGAGAAGACCGUCGUCGUGGAGCAUCUUUUUUCAGAAGUCUCCUGUCCUACUUUCCCGGCAAGGUAGGGUAAAGAAACCCUCUUAACUGUCGGUGGACUUCGGAUCAUAUAAGACGGGAAUGACGAUAGUGGAGUUUUACGAGUGGGGCAGCACGCCAGAGAGAAAGUUGGCGAAAUGUAAGAAAACCCUAAUUGUUUGGGUUCCUACCGAAAGUCGCAUCGAACGCUUUCGUAUGGCAACGGAAAUGAACACGCUAAUUAGAUUAUAAAUAAAGAGCAAGUUUCAUAGAUAACCGAGUGGUUUAGGUAGUGGAAAGUAAUUGUUGUUUGAAAAUGGAUGCCAAGAUAAAACCCCGAAUGACACAACUCAGAGUCCGCCGCCAACUAAGCGGUAUCUUUCACAUCACCGUUGUUCCCUUUUCUCUCUCUCUCUUUCUUCUUCUUCUUCUUCUUCUUCUUCUUCUUCUUCUUUGUUUUCUUCUAUUUCUCACUCAACUCUUCCUUCCGCCAAACAGAUGGCAAAAAUUGCCUAACCUGCGGGAGAAAAGGAGCAGCCUGGCUGCUGCCCGCCUGCCCGACGAUAGUCGGGUCUUCGUUUUUGGCGGAGGAGAUGGCCCCUCCUCCGUCGGGCUUGCCUCGGUGGAGUUCUGCAAUCUGGGGGAAGACUGGCGGGAGAAGACUAACUCGGCAGACUUUUGGCUACCAGCUGCCUCCAUGAGAACUGCUCGAUGGGGACUCGCAGCGACACCUUUUAGGGGAACAAUCCUGGUUGCCGGUGGGCGUAAUAGCCGAGGAAAGACUGUCAACGUUGUGGAGAUGUUUAUGCCGCCAGACGCGAGAAGUCCCCUCGGCCAGUGGACAGAGCUAGCUGGCAUGAAGGAGCCUCGUUCAUGGUUUACUCUUCUGACUUUCGCUAACGCCGUCUUCGCUCUCGGUAAUACAGCGCAAGUGAAUUUUUUUUGUCUUUCUCAUGCCACUCGAUAUAUUCAUCAGCGAGUCCUAUGUUACAAAGCAGAACGAUCAACGCUUUUGCAUCUGACACCAGCUGAACCUGUGCUCAUGCAUGACGUUGGAGGUUUUCAUGUGCAUUGCGCCAUUAAGUUGUGUAUUGCCUAUUCUUGGUUUAAUAUUUUUUUUAAAUUAAGCCUCGUUAAUAUUACUCAAAAUUUGUAGGCAGAUGCGGGGAACCAAAAAACACGGUUGAAGCUCUCACUGUACCGGGAGGAUCUUCAGACAACGAGUUGACAUCUUGCCUUUGGUCGUCCAAGAGCCCAGUGGAAACGCUUAGCUGGAUCCGUGGAGCUGCGAGCAUACGCAUGUAAACGUCAGCACCUUUUGGUUUAAAAAUAAAUUUGCUUUGUCGUCUAUAACUUAAAAACGUCAGAAGAAUGUGAAGUGCUGAAACACAGGGUCACCGUUUUAAGACGAAUUUCGCGUUAUGGGGAAUGGAAUGGGUGUGCGACAUGCUUGUGACCAGGCUAAGCAGUCAAUGUUUACAAGAAAGAUGGUCGUUUGCCGAUACAGUCCACUUCUUUUGCAAAAUCACGAACCCAUAUAUGUUUGCCCUGAUUUGAACGCCCAAUCUGGAGCAACUACUGCACUUUUCUGGUUUAGAAAUAUGCUGAGAAAGAAGUAUCCUUGGAUACAACGGCUUCACAGAAUGAUAAAGUAGAAUCAGUUUAUUUCGUAAGUCAACAGCAAGGUCCUGCAAAGCUUUCGGAUAUAUGCUGGUCCCGCAACCGCAGACAGCAACAUGUUAAGACACUGGACAUGGAUUUUAUGUGGUGUGUAUUAACUUUACGACCACAAGGCCGAAAAGUGAUGGCUUCUGAGUUUAGGGAAGGCGGGUUUGCUUAGUUCGAACUUGACCAGUUUCAGCCGAGUCUUUAAUAUUUGUUACUGUUUUAACAGGGUUGGUUACUACCGUUUACGAGAUUUGAUGGAAAUACGAGUAAGCCGACAGUGAUGGGUGAACGGGAAGGUUAAUAAUCACUAUGAUGACCGACAACCAAUAGCAUUUAGCAUAAAUUUAGUCAAAUACUAUUGUUUUUAAAUUCAUCACAAAUGACUCAGCCAAAUCCAUAAAAAACGAAGCCUUGAAUUACAUUAGGUGGGAGGAUAAGUGUAUGAUUUGGGAGCGACAAGCGAAUUUGAUGGUAACUAUCAUAGGUGAUUCAAUGUACUCCAUGUUGCAGGUUCGAAAUAUCCCGAAAAAAAAUUUUCCCUUGUGUAAAUGGUUAGCAGAAUACUUCUAGCUGCCUGUUAUUACAAUCGGCAACACACAAAAUUGGCCCCAUCGACUUUAUUACGCAUAAAAUAACCUCCGACAUGCGACGCCAUAGGUUGUUUUUUUUCCAGUCGAGCCGAAUUCGAGCGCAUGGGUCCCAGCUGAUGACAACGGUAGCCGCGACCGCUUGCGAUUCUACCUGUACGCUUUUGGCCACAGUAAAAGAUUUUCCAUCUAGGUCACUGGCCUACCGAUUAGGGGCUUUUGAGGUUUUCGACUAUCCCACUUCAACAGACACACGGGUGACCUCACUGUAGUUCGCAUGUCAACAAAAAAUGGUAACGCUAGAUAUUCGAUAAGGCCAACUCACCGUAAACGUUUUGACUUCUCAAUCUGGCCUCCAAACACACAUUAGAUUUACGUGCUUAAGUGAAUAUGAUCGGUGGCGUCGUCUUUAUGAUAAUUCGGUGGUUUUACUCAUGUCUUUUGCACAGUUAUGACAGAAGGCUUAACACAUGGUAGCUGAAGUCGUUUACCGGCAAACCAACUUGUACAGUGGCCUGCCCUUUUGCUUUUGGCACGACUCUAGAUCCAUGACUGCUAGACACUUUCCUCGAUAUUGCCUGGGUCAUCUGACCUGGUUGUUGCACUUGUCCUCCAACAAGUGAGGGGGUGAUCAAUUGAUAAGUCAAAACAGUGCUACUAGUACGAGUGCUCUUGAUGACAAAUUAAUCCAGCAGCCAUAAUUCCGUGCAUAUUUGGGAUGUCCUCACAACCAGAUAGGAAGAGGGGUUUCGCCAUCCCAGAUGGGAGCGUGACUUAUGCAGCACACCACCCAUUAGUUUUUCAGGAUGGCUGACGUAAAUCACAUGCUCUGGUAGUCGGAUGGUGCCGGACCGCAUCGUCAAUUUAUGGGAAAGCAUGUUGAAUCCAUAUUAAAUAUGUACUGCUUCAGCGGCAGAAACUGCAGCAAAACUGAUAAAUAUCAAUGUUACGGAGCAUGUCUUUUCUUAAUCAAACACAGUUACCCGUCACUAUCUGAUAAGCUAAUAUCCAACUCCCAGAAAAAUUGACUUUACGGAGCUGCUCUCUGUUUUAAAGCCUUCUUCAGGUAUUUUUUACGGUCAAUCCGUUACUGUCACUGCUAAAUAUCUCGAGGUCUGAGCCGUCAAGAGAGUAUUUUUCACCCCCGAUUUCAAAAAUCAUCACAAAUUCACCCGAAUGCUGACAAGGAUAUUUUUGAAAACUGAUUUUGGAAAAUGUCCUCCUUUAGUCUGUAGGCUGCAGCCCCGGUGUAUGGUCAUCGUCUUGGCACAAUUUGCAUGAGAAAGACCCGCGCGCCUGGCACACGUUUCUCAAUCGUGGAUGCCUGCACACCUAUCGAGUUAAAAUCGGACCUGCUCAACACGUAGCGCAGCAUCGAUCGAAAUACAUGCACGAAGCGUUUGCUUGUUAGCUGAGCGCUGAGUGCGAUAAGAAGCUUACCUUGAUUACUUAAAGAGCAUGUGGUCAAACUGAUCCGAUUGCAACGGAGUGCAAGAUCGAUGCGUGUGUGCGUCACCAGUUAUGAAGAUUGUGAACACCAAAAGCCUUAUCAGAGUCUAUUAUCCACAGUUAGUAGCCAACCUUGGCAUUUCACCCGAUCCAGUGACAUUUCCGCUGCGUAGUUAAUCAGCUUAGUAUAGAUUUUUUCUGCGCAAUCAAUUCCGUGAAUUUGGUAACAAUCGGGAGAUGGCAUCCGAAAAAAUCCGUUACCUAGAAAUAAUACCUCUAAUAGUGGACUCAAACGCCUUCAGGCUAUGUCCGUGUUUGCAGGCCUACUUUCACGCACUACUUGGACUUUCCCCGACGGUCUAACGUGGGCUGGUCGAACGAACAUCGAAGGAGGUUACAUGGACGAUGGUCGCUGUUACCCAACCUUCCCCAUCGUCACACACGUACACCUGAAUAUACGGCAUACAUUCGCACUAUGGCAGUUUAUUACAAAACGAAAUCAGUUUUUAAUAGGGUAAGUCUGCACAACAUGGGACAGAACAGUUCCCAGGCAUCUGUCAAAGACAUGGCAUUCAGGUCAAUCCAAAGACGAUAGUGUACUUCGUCUAUGAGCCCACACACAGCUUGACCAUAUGCAGAGUCUCCCUCGUGGAGUUUCCUUUUCAGUCUACUUCAGUAUGCCUCAAUGGCAUUGGUGUGUCGUCCGGUGGUAGGAUCCUUGAAGUUCUUUGAGAAGUUAAGAGAGAAAUGUUGAUAACCUUCUGAGAGAAAGCGAUUAUACGCUUCCCACUCGUCCGUUACCACUUUACUGCCUUUGGCGACCCAUUUAGUAAUAACGGGACGGAAAGCGGGCCAACAUCGAUCAAGUAAGGCUUUCCGCGGUUCGUAUCGUACUUCCCUACCAGCCACCACCCAUAAAACCCCUAUAACCACCUGUCCCGUAAGACAGGCUGCUUUGCUUAGGCGGAUAUUUUUGGGUGCCCUCUCCCGAUUGUUACCGUGAAUUUUAUAACAGAUAUUUCUGCGAUUAACAUAUGUUGUAGUAUCACAGUUUUAGUUAUCUAGAGCUGUCCGAUCAUCUCAUAUCAUGAAGCAGCUAAAUGUUCAUUUUCAUAGGUCAGCCCCGUCACCCGCAGCAGAAUAUGGAUAAAUGUGACCUUUCUCAGAAAAAACAGCGAGGUUGGGUUAAGUACAUAGACACCUGCAUUGGGAAGCCUACUUAUUUAUGCGUACUGCACAUGCGUGGGGAGUAGAGUCAUUCAGUUUAGUAUACUCGACCCGCUUUUAGUUCGCCUUUGUGUUAACGAAGUACCAGAUUUAUUUCAGAAUGGUAAGACCUUUAUUUAUGCCGAUGAUCUUAAAGUUGCAUAUCGAUAUAAGCCGGCAGAUCAUGACAUCGUGCUCGAGCUCCUAGAGAACGAUUUACAGACCUUUGCCUAUUGGUGCUGCACAUGGUGCUUUUCCCUCUUUUGGCAUAAGUGCUCAGUCAUGAUGGUUGGCGACGACCACCAACCUCGGCUAAGUAUUGACGGUCACGUCAAGAAUGUGCGCGGGGUUUUAAAGGAUCUAAGUGUAUCACAUUCCAAGAGCAUUUAUUUUUCUGCGUACUGCGCCCUGAUAGUCCCUAGAGCACGUUGAAAGACCGGGUUGUCCUCCAGAAUGCUAAAAUUAACGAUAUAAAAAUGCGCCUUCAUAACAUGUACGUUUGACCUGGACUGGAAUACUGUUCGUCUUUGUUAAGCCAUCUGCGUGCUUCUAAGCUGAAGACAAUGGAAUCCGUCCAAUAUUAUUUUACCAAGAGAUUUUUAACCUCGGAACACCGGCAUUCAUCGUACCAAGAACACUGUCGACUUACAGACCUUCUGCAGUAGCAGAGUGGGUGAUGCAAGGAACGCUGUUACCCUCACAGAGAUAAUGCACUCCCCAUGUGUCGAUUCAUUCGAGGCCAUAAUAAACACGUUUGAUGUCCCUAAGUUGUCCAAUUUCUCUCACCCGCCAUCUGUUUACUCUUGCCCAAAUGACUAAGAUUGGUAUAUUCACACUCUUCUGCCAGUCAUUCGUCGCAUUUGUAAUGCAAGGAUGCCUUUUUUCAACAUUUGUAGGUAUCAGGGUUCAUUUCAAAAGUUCAGUUUCGCUUUCAAUUUAUUUAGGGAAAUAUAGGCGAGCGCAUUUGAAAUCCCUAUUGGUUACAAGUCGUUGGAUAAAAUCAUUGAUAAGUGGGCAGGUGAAAUAGAGAUUUUAUAGAUAUUUGCGAACAUCUGCAGCUAGUCGAAAAUAGUAAUCAUUAACUGUUACUUGCUAGUUACGAGCAGUUGAAACACGCAGAAGUUAGUGCCGGUUAUGUGGGUGGAUUUCGAGGCUUGAUGCUUGUCAAGUCUACACUUAAAGGAAUGUACACAGGAGGAGAUUACAACACCGGGAGCAGGGCAUUUCGAGCUGCAACCACUCUGUUACUAAAGAAUAACUUUCGUUCAUUGAUCCUUACUUUCCCCGCGCGUAUUUUAGGGAAUGACCGCGAAAAGUGGGCGUGAUAGCUUGAGCGAAAUAAUCAGUGUGAUCUAAACGACGAUCUACGCCGUUGAUAAUGCAAAAUGAAAGAAUCAGGUCACCACGUAGUUGCCUGCAGAAAGGGACAAACAGGUUGAUAUUUUAGAGUCUGGUGUCAUAAGACAGUGCACCUAAAUCUUGUGGCAUUGUGUUCGCCCGUCUCUGAACCUUCUCCAAGACGUUAUAAUCCUUGGCAGUCCAAGGACUUCGCGCAUAUAUGGCGUAUUCUAGGUGAGGCCGUACGAAGGUGCCGAACAUUUUCGAAUGGCAGUCAGGAUCAAUCCCAAAAAGGCUCGCCAAAUGAUUUGCAAUGAAGCCAUCGCCGAUUUAGCCGCCUUUGAGCGGUGCAGCGUUGGUUUGAGUGAAAAUGCGAUCUAUUCAGUCAAGUUCUUCUGAAUUUCAAACUGUCUCAGUGGUGUGCCGUGUAAAAAGUUAGUCCUGGGGCUGGAGGCUCAGAAGCUGCCGAGUUGAAGAAAGUUGUAUUUAUUUAUAUUGAAUGGUCAAAUUCAAGUCGCGCAGCUCAAUCUCAAAGAUAAGUGAAGCUUUGCAUUUCGUUGGAUAUUCUUAAACAAUUAACGCCAGUUUUUUGCUAAGUCUUUUUUAAAAUCCCCUUUCACUACAAGGUAUGAUUUUGUCCAGUUUUGUUUCACAGUCGGGCUUAAUAGUCGUAUUUUGUAAGGAAACGUUUUAGUGACUUCGUUCCAGUAUAUCUUUUUCUAGUUAUCGUAGUUAAAUAACAGUAGUUCUUUCUCUUCAGUGCGCUCUUCUGUACGUUAGCAUCGUUUUUAUCCUUCUACUACAACGAAAACUUAUAUUUUCUGUAAUGUCAAAAUACGAAAGCUUGUGGCCUCCGCACCGUCUCUGGGUGCUAGAAUAGUGCCCAAAGACAUAGCAGGUGCCAACAUAUGUUCUUCGCCUUCUGCAGAUAUGGUAAACUCAAAAAUCCCUUUAGUACAUGUAGAACCUCUUGACUCUUUAAUCGUCCAAAACUACGCCUCUGCUAGUCGUAACAGGCCAUCAGCCAACGGAAUACUCGAUCAGUUGAUAUAUGGCGACAUAAACAGCGCUUCUGAUAAAGCUAUUGAACAAGCUUUUAAACUUUUUGGGGAAAUGAGUUCUGAAAGCGUGGAGAGAUGCAAACGCAAGCAUAUUUUCGUACCGCAAAACAUUGCGAGCCAAUUAUCUGCUAUGGAGGGAGUGCAUUUUUUCAUACAAACUUGUGGCUUGAGUUUCAGUGUCGCACAAGCUAAACGACUGCGCUCGCUCAGCCUUAAUGCGCCGAUACUAGUUUUCUUUUUUCCUUGAUAGAAGUCGAUUUCAUCUUGACGACGAAGGAGAUAACUAGAGAAUUCUGCCAAAAGUAGCGCUGCUCCGUUUCGCCAAACUUCACAACACUGAAGAGAAGACUGAAUAAAUCAAAAUCGGCAAAAACCAACACCAAGAUAAUGACACCUACUGUCAGUUUGAAUAAGUCCUCUACCACACCAACUGCACGUCAGGACAUAGUCAACUCCGUAGGGAAUUUGAAUACUCUUGAUGUUGAGAUCUGUAAACACACCUACACGCCUGGUAUAAAAACGACUCUACCGACUCCCCCAGCAACCCCAAGCAAGCCUAAGCGUAUGCCUCAUUCAAAGGCAAAUCUAAUUGCUGUCUCAGCCGCUCGAAAGCCCGAUUAAAUCUAGCAACAUUAUACAAUCUUUUACUCCACAAUCGGCUAAAUGGGCCUCAAACACUACGACUCAAAUGUAGCGUGUUCUCAACUGCCACUCCAGUACUCAUAUCGAGGCAUUUAGGCUGAAUAUGCUGUUUUUCCCGUCUUUUAAUAGAACAUUUGAUUCAAUGGAAGCAAUACGUCUUCCACUCAUAUGUUGUUUCCUCCACCGCCGUUCUACCCAUGUAUUCCUUAUUCUUAUGUCCAUACUGGACCAGCAAACUCAUCCGAUCCUCAGUUUCGUUACGGCAGGAAUGUGUUGCAGUAUCCGGGCCGUGGAUUUUCAGCUAAAAAUGAGUUAACUAACAAUGAUUGCCAGUUUACCCGCCUGUCAUUUCCUCCCCAAGCCCUACUCCUUUUUAUCCACGUCAGAAUCUUUUGAUGCCACAAAACUGUUUGCAGAACCGGAUGGGUACAUCGGGACCGUUUGUUCCGUGAGAAAGUAAGCACUGGACGACGUAGCCCACCCUCUCAGAAACAAACAACCUCUCCUACAAUGCUGAGGGAGGUCCAGUGGCACUUGAAGACCGUCCAAUGUCUCAUCUGCCUAAUGGAAAGCCAUAAAAUUUUUAAGAAAAGUAACGUAUGCGCGUAAGUCUAUGCCAUUUGCGCAAGGCAUUUUAAUAUGAAAGCUGGCUAAUGUCUCAGAUUGCGGACUGGAUUGGCGCAUCAGAUACCGACAAGAUACCCUGCCCCUUUAAUUUAAGACCACGCCAGACCGUCUUCUUGUUUGGAGAGUACGCAAGUGAACAGAACAAGUGGUCCGUGCUGCGUUUUGAUCCGCAACUCCAAAAGACAGAACGAGUUGCUAACUUGAAUGAACGCCAGUGGGCCUCCUAUAGUGCCGUGGGUGGUGAGUUGCUUGACAGUUGCGCACCCUAUUUAACGCACAUUUUAACUGAAUUUUGACGCCUAUUUUCGACAUAGCACUCAGCACAUUUGCCACUGCAUAAGAAUAUUGAGUUCCUGGUAUUGUUAAUUGUAGAAGUUCCAAUUGCGGCUUUGAAAAAAGGCAACAACCCGCGCAAAUUAUUCUCCUUGUGAAGUAAGCAUGCUUUCGCGACCGGGGCCUGCAUAUUCCUAAGACAACGGAUCUGACACUUUUUUAUGUAAAGUCCGUAACUCUCACUUGAUCGUUGUAUGCCCUGUUUUUUCCACCUUUUUGGAAGAGAGCAUUUUCAUGAUUGGAGGGGAUAACGGCCCAAGACGUGUUGAGGAGUUUCUGGCGAGAGAAGGGCGCUGGCGCGAGCGGGCGCGCCUCGCGGUUGGACGCUAGUUUCACUCCGCUGCCGUCGUCACCGCAAACCGAGAGGAAAUCCUAAUUGGCGUUUUUGGUGGUUCCUUUAAGGAAGAGAACAAGUGGGUAUUUCUUUCCUCUUGCGAAGUCUAUGACGUCAGACAAGACAGGUGAGAAGACACUUGCCUUGGCGUACUUUUGUGGAAGACUUCUAUACUCUUUUCAUCAUCAUCAUCAUCAUCAUCAUCAUCAUCAUCUUCUUCUUCUUCUUCUUCUUCUUCUUCUUCUUUUCACCUCUUUCCCACGCCGAACAGAUUGCACAAACUGCCCGACCUGCGGGAGAAAAGAAGUAGUCUAGCCGCUGUUUGCUUUGCCCGGCGACAGUCGGGAUUUCGUUUUUGGCGGUGGGAAUAACUCCCUCAGGCUCGCCUCGGUGGAGUUCUGCAACCUGGGAGUAGACUGCCGAGAGAAGCUGACAUCAGCAGACUUUUGGCUGCCGGCUGCCCCCAUGAGAACUGCGCGAUGGGGGCUCGCAGCGACACCAUUUAAGGGGAAAAUCUUGGUCGCCGGUGGACGUGAUAGCAAAGAAAAGAAUGUCAACGUUGUGGAGAUGUUUACGCCACCGGACGCCAAGAGUCCCCUCGGCCAAUGGACGGAGUUGACUGGCAUGACGGAGACUCGUUCAUGGUUCACUCUUCUCGCAUUCGCAAACACCAUUUUCGCACUCGGUAAUACGAAGCGAAUGAUUCGUUUUUUUCUUUCUCUCUCUUAUUCUCUCACGGCACUCGAGGUUCUCAUUUGCAUAACCUUUUACAAGGAAAAAUGAUAAAAGCUUCUUUACAGUAGGUAAGCUAAGCCAUGAAAUGCUGGCUGAAAUUUCGAAAUGCGUUUUCGUUUCGUAUUGAUUAAUUAAGUAUGGUUGUAAAACAAAUCAGUUUUCAGUAUAAUUCUAUGAAAAUUAGGUUGCCGCACGAUGUUGGCUUUGGAAAGAACGUCCUUCCGGCCGCAUACAAAAAGUUUACUCUGUAAAAAAUGACUGCUCACAUAGCACGCUUUCUAUCAUUGAGUUUUAAUGCCACUAAAAGUCCAAUCAUAUUUCAUGAAAAACAUGCAUAAAGAUUCUCAUUCAUUUGCCCAUUCGGUAGAACAUUACGUCUUUUUUCAAUUUUUUACUUGAAGGAGGAAUAAAAUUCUGUCUAAAGGAAGUUUCUAAUCAUUAAACUUUUAGAAACCGCGAAGUGGCCGUUCAUUUAACGUCAUGUCUCUGUAUUUACCAAUGUGGCUUGUAAAGUGAACGAAAAGGCUCAAUUCUAAUGCUAAGUUCUAUGAAGCUCAUAUGGCUUCCUUUCAAUACCGAAGAGAAAUGUGUGGUUUUCCCAAAGCGGAAAAUAGAUGGCUUAUAUAUUGAAAACACUACAUGCAAGUGUGACGGCAGAGCGGGUUCAAAAUUAUUAGGGAAUAAAAAAAGUUUUUAAAAACCGAAUAAUACCCUUCUUUUGAGUAUAAAAUUGGUAGAAAACGUAUAUUUUUACCGAAUGAGCUCAGGAUUAAAUAUUUUUUAUGCAUGUUUUGCAGGAAGUAUAAUUGGAUUUUUAAGGACAUCGAAAAUCAAUGAGAAAAAUGCAUGCUAAGUGAUUUGUCAUUUUUCACAGAAUGUAGUUUUUGACUGCAAUCGGAAGGACGUUCGUUCGAAAGCCAUCAUCCUGCAAUAACUGGAUUAUUGCAUAAUUAUACUGCAGACUAAUUAGUUUUACAACUCCACUUAGUUCAUCUUUUCGAAAAGAGAACGAAUUUAGGAAUUUCGGUUGCCAUUUCGUGAGUUAGCCUAUCUAUUGGUUGUAACAUCAACUGCACAUGUGAUUUGGCGCAUACAAGCACUGCAAAAUAAUUGUGAAUACAACCCCUAUUUAGUCAGUUCUAUCUAGUAUUUUUUUAAAAAAACUUAGCGUUAUUUUAAUUCUAUUAAAUGUUUAGGCAGCAGCAGCAGAGGAAAUAACCGAGUAGAGGCUAUCGUUGCACCAGAAGGUUCAUCUGACUUUGACAAUGACUUGAAAUCCUGGAUUUGGUCGUCCAAGAGCCCAGUGGAAACGCUCAAAUGGAUUCGUAGAGCUGCAAGCAUCCAUAUGUAA